AGCAGCGGCCGCCUGUCCCCUCCGCGCUGCCUUCGACGCCGAGGACGGUGAGGCACUCAACGGCGAACCCGAGAUCGACCUCACCAGUAAGAGGGCACAGGAGGACGCCGAGGGCUGUGUCACUGAUUCUUGACAGCCAGGAACCUGACCAAAACUCUUGACGAAGAGAGAGGAAUGUGUUUCUCCCACAGUCUCCAUUUGUGUUGUCAGCCUGUCUCCCAUUCCUAGAAAUCUGCAGGCACUAUGAAAGCGAUAGGAAAUCUGAGGUUUCUAGACCCCACAUGGCUCCCACUGUUAACUGCUCAAUGCCUCGCAAAGUGGAAAGAACAGAAAUGGAAAUUUUUGACUUUGUGAAAACCUCUGAAAACCACAGCUAUGUAGUGCAAACGUGGAGGGGAUUGCUCAAAGCUAAAAAGCAGAGAGGCCAAGAUGGAGGGCCUCUCUUUGACCAAAGAGAUGGCAAAGAACAGGCUCCCUGUGUCCAAGAAGCUAGCUGAAGAGAUCUUCAAACCAGAGAGUAAAGUCUUGCAGUGACCUAGGAAAUGGCAGAACUGGCUGUGGGUGCAGAAGCCAUUAGAAACACUGAACAACACUGGAAGGUGUGAUCAAUGAAAGCUGCUAUUGGUUCCACACAUCCUUCUCUUGACACCCCACUACACUGCAUCAUCUGUAAGCUUCAUCGGUCCUAGGCUGGUGAUGGUGAGUCCAACUUCAGAGCAAUAUGACAGUUUGCUCCGGCAGAUGUCAGAGAGAAUUGAUGAGGGAUGUGGGGAGACCAUCUAUGUCAUCGGUCAAGGAUCAGAUGGGACUGAAUAUGGUCUGAGCGAGGCAGACAUGGAAGCAUCCUAUGCCACGUUGAAGAGCAUGGCAGAGCAGAUCGAGGCAGACGUGAUCCUCCUGCGGGAGCACCAGGAGGCCGGGGGAAAGGUGCGCGACUACCUGGUUCGGAAACGUGUGGGUGACAACGACUUCCUGGAGGUCAGGGUAGCAGUGGUUGGCAAUGUGGAUGCAGGAAAAAGCACAUUGCUAGGUGUCUUGACACAUGGUGAACUAGACAAUGGCCGAGGCUUUGCUCGGCAAAAACUGUUCCGCCAUAAGCAUGAGAUUGAGUCAGGACGCACCAGCAGUGUGGGCAAUGACAUUCUGGGCUUCGACAGUGAGGGCAACGUGGUGAACAAGCCUGACAGCCAUGGUGGCAGCUUGGAAUGGACAAAGAUCUGUGAGAAAUCCACCAAGGUCAUUACUUUCAUUGACCUGGCUGGUCAUGAAAAGUACCUGAAAACCACCGUCUUUGGCAUGACUGGCCAUUUACCUGACUUCUGCAUGCUUAUGGUUGGCAGUAAUGCUGGGAUUGUUGGAAUGACCAAGGAGCACUUGGGCCUGGCACUUGCACUUAAUGUUCCCGUCUUUGUUGUAGUGACCAAGAUUGACAUGUGCCCUGCCAACAUCCUGCAAGAAACCCUGAAGCUGUUACAGCGACUGCUGAAGUCCCCAGGGUGCAGGAAGAUUCCCGUGCUGGUUCAGAGCAAGGAUGAUGUCAUUGUAACAGCCUCCAACUUCAGCUCAGAGAGGAUGUGCCCCAUUUUCCAGAUUUCUAAUGUCACCGGGGAGAACCUAGAUUUGCUGAAGAUGUUUCUUAAUCUCUUGUCUCCACGGACUAGUUACAGGGAAGAAGAGCCAGCAGAAUUCCAGAUAGAUGAUACUUACUCUGUCCCGGGUGUAGGAACAGUGGUGUCUGGGACAACACUGAGAGGCCUCAUCAAGCUAAAUGACACCCUGCUGCUGGGGCCAGAUCCCCUUGGCAACUUCCUACCUAUUGCUGUCAAGUCUAUCCACCGCAAGAGAAUGCCUGUCAAAGAAGUGCGGGGAGGUCAGACUGCCUCCUUUGCUUUGAAAAAGAUCAAGCGUUCUUCCAUCCGGAAAGGCAUGGUAAUGGUGUCACCCCGCCUGAAUCCACAAGCAUCGUGGGAGUUUGAAGCAGAGAUUCUGGUGCUCCAUCAUCCCACCACCAUCAGCCCACGGUAUCAAGCCAUGGUGCAUUGUGGCAGCAUCCGUCAGACAGCCACGAUUCUCAGCAUGGACAAGGACUGCCUGAGGACAGGGGACAAAGCCACGGUGCACUUCCGCUUCAUCAAAACCCCAGAAUACCUACACAUAGACCAGCGGCUGGUCUUCCGUGAAGGCCGCACCAAAGCUGUGGGUACCAUCACUAAGUUACUCCAGACCACCAAUAACUCCCCAAUGAACUCCAAGCCACAGCAGAUCAAGAUGCAGUCAACCAAGAAGGGAGCCGUUACGAAACGAGAGGAUGGUGUUCCUCCAGCUGGGACAGCGUCUGGGGGCCCACCAGCUGGGGACGAGGCCCCCUCAACAGCUGCAGCGCCAAUGACACCUCCUGCCCUGCAGCCAUUGCCUGCACUGGAUGAAGAGCCCCACAUCCGUGAGGGCAAUAAGUCUAAAGUUGGAGGAGGAGGACGGCGACGUGGAGGUCAGCGCCAUAAAGUGAAGUCUCAGGGAGCCUGUGUGACUCCUGCCAGUGGCUGCUGAAAUUUCUUACUCCUCCCUCUGAGGAAUUCCUCCCCUUCCCUUCAUCUGUUAUCCAAAAGAUCGAGAGCAGCUUAAACCAAAACCCAUCCAGCUGAUUGGCUGCAGAAGAAUCGUCCCUCCUCUCUGAAGGAAGCGAUGGAGAGGAGAAUAAUUUAUAAGCUAAUGAAGGUGAUGAGACACACAGAACUGAGUAACUGACACCUUCUUCCUCUCCCUAUUGACACAUUUUUGUACAUCAUGGGCUUAGUUUUUAUUCUUA